AUGACGGCGGGUACCUUCCUCACCGGCAUAGCCCGCGCCGUGGACAGGAUACGGCCCGCCGCCUCCAACGAGGACUCGCAACCCACAACUUUCCCAGAUCCGAACUGGCCGUCCCAGUCACAGCUCGACCUGCCGCGACAUGUCGGCGUCGACACCAGCAACAUCCCCGCCGACUUUCUGAACUCAUACCCGUAUCCCGCAUUCGUCCUUAUCUCGGGCUCGCCAGAAGCAAAGCGCUUCCCGCCACUCCCAUGGACACGAGGCAAGUAUGCGGAUCUCCAUCCCUUUGAGCCUGUCUGGUCAAAUCGGCGGUGGAAGCGGCUCUCCCGCGGCCGUCCUCUCCUCGAUGGGUUAUCGGUGGACAGCUCGAGGAAGCUUGCGGACUGGCUGGGGUCUUCCAACUCAGAGACCGCCGAAGCGCUUGACGAAUCCGGGGUUUCGGAGAACGGGAAUGGAGCGAGGCGGUCUACUUGUGCAGGACGCAACCCGAUUCUCACGCUCACCUUUGCGUUUGGGCCUGAAAGGGUCGUGCUCCAGCUGUCAAAGACGUACCUGCCGAUUAAUCAGCCCGACGGGGCGCCGCGCAUACGGGCCCCGGCCCAAGCGUUUGCAGUUGUGACGGCCACGCCUGUGGAGCAGGAUGUGACCGUGACGAUUGAUGCCAGGUCCCGCCCAAGCUGCGCCUCCUCCAGUACUGCCGAGGUGCACAAUGAGACGCCUCCCUUGUCGCACUCCGCAUGCCAGUCGCUGCGGGAGGCAGAGCCCCGCGACCUACCGGUGUGGGACGAUGCGCAAACCGACAACGAGGAGACUGACGAGUUCGGUCCCCUCGCCCCUGGGCGGCCGCUCUAUCUCUUCAGCGACGGUUCGUUUGUCAAUAGCUCGCUGCCUGGACCAGCAGAGGAGGGUAAAGUUUCUGACGUUGUGGCCCUCCUUGAGAGUACCGACUGGUCGGCAACACAGCUGGGCCCGCGGGAAACGUGGUCCGCGUCUCUCAAGGCCUCGGUCAGAACUGUAAUGGAAUUUCCGUUCGCGGCAGGCGUCUGGUGGGGCAAGGAGCACACAAUGAUAUAUAAUCAGUUGUACGCCGACUCGAUGCCCGAUCAUCCCAAGGCCUUUGGACGUUCAGGAUCGAGCUCGUGGGCAGGUACAAAGUCGCUUGAGGACUACAACCAGGCGCUCCUCGAUACGUUGGAGGAAUACCCACGGGAUGCGCCAUUCGCCCUCAUCUUCCACGUCGAGUCCACAUCGCCCAACUUCCAACCGCGCAAGAUGGGCAGCCGCGCGAGCUCGUUCCGAGGUGCAGCGUCGUCGGUGCGCUUGCGAUAUACCGGUGGUGUGGGUGUUCCUGAGGGACAUCCGUCCGCUCCACCAACGUGCUCUGUGGAAUUGCUUCCAGGCGAGCAGCCAACUGAGGAGAUGAUGGCGAGCGCAUUCACAGCACUGGAGGUGACGCCAGGCCAGCCUGGGUGUCGGUCCAAUCUCUCAACCAUGCGGCGGGUUAUCUUCAACACGGACGCCGAGGGCCUGUUGGCCUCCGACGAAGACCAGCCCGCGCCCGCCGAGCAGUGGCCACUAGCCGAAGCGCUGCGAGCGCGGCAGCCGAUCAUCGUUCGCGACUGCUCAAAAUUGAUCGAGGGGUAUCCUGUGCGCAUAUGGGACGAGCUACCUACGUCGGCUAUUGUCAUUCCCAUCUCCUACUCCGACGGGGAUUUGCCAGGCGCAUUGCUCGUGCUCGGCCUUAGCUGCCGCCUCCCGUUCGACGCUGAGUAUCAGGCCUUCCUUAGAGCGCUCCGCGUCCAGUUGUCCGCGCUCUUCGCCGCCGCACGAUUCCACGAAGAGGAGACGAAGCGUGCAGAGGAACUUGCAGAUCUCGAGCGCGCCAAGAAACUCCUUCUCGCGAACGUGUCGCACGAUCUCGUCACGCCAAUCUCACUCAUCGCUGGCCCACUCGACGACGUGCUAGCAGAGAUGCCGGCUGGGCGACAGCGCGAGUCCCUGAACAUGGCGCGGAGGAACGUUCAGCGCCUCUCCCGCCUCGUUGAUAUGCUCAUGGACCUCAGCAGCCUCGAGACGGGAAACAUGGCCGGCAGCUUCCGCCGCGUCAAUCUUGGACAGGCAACGCGCAACGUUGCCGCCAUGUUCAAACAGGCGACAGACGCUGCGCACCUCACCUACAUCGUCGAGUGCGACAUGGAGAACCGCGAUGUAUACAUCGACCGAGACAAAUACGAGAAGAUCCUCUUCACGCUCAUCGGGAACGCACUGCGGUUUACAUGUGAUGGGACCGUCCAUGUGACAGUGCACUACAAGGACGACAGGGCUGUCGUGUCCGUGGAGGACACUGGGGUCGGGAUCCCAGCCAAGGACCUAGCUAUCUCGUCUCGGCGUUCCGUCUCGGGGUCCGUGUUUGGUAACAAGCACCCCAUCGACGACGCGUUCACCCACGAGCACGAAGGCUGGGGCAUCUCCCUCUUGUUCACCAGGAAACUCGUCCAGCUCCACCACGGCUUGUUCAAUAUUGAAAGCUGCACCGCCGCGGAAUCCCCGGACGGCUCGCAUGGAACGCGCUUCACCGUCACGCUACCUCUGGGAUGCCAACACCUGCCGCCCGACUCGGUCGAAAAGUCCGACGUGUCUGACGGUACGCCGCUGCAACAGUUCCACCAGUCCGUGAUUGACACCAUGUCGCGCGCACACUGGGGCUGGACCAGCAUACCGAAGGAGGACGUGUCCCACAACUCCACAUCCUCGAGGCCGUCAUCGGCUGACCCGCACGCGCGAGGUAUAGACCCAAACACAGUGUACUUUGAGUCGACGGACAUUGUUCUUCUCGUGGACUCCCUGCACGACACACGGCAGUACAUGCGCGACAUCUUUUCGCCGUUCUGUAAGGUCGUAGAGGCGUGCGACGGGCGUCAGGCGCUUGAGAUGGUCAAUAAACACCACCCGAAUCUCAUCAUUGCGGACGUAAUGUUACCGGAGAUUAACGGGUUUGAGCUCGUCACCGAACUCAAGCGCGGCACGCCUGAGCAACAGAUGGUGCCAAUCAUUCUCCUGACGUCGAUGCAAGAUGCGCGUGCCGAUGGAGCGUUUGCCGCCGACGACUACAUGCCGAAGCCGUUCAACGCGCGUGAGCUGAUUGCGCGGGCGCACAUGCAGCUCCAACUCGGCAAGAAGCGGCGCGCGCUUGAGAGCGCCUUUGAUUUGCGUACGCAGGAGCUGCGUCUGUUGACGGAAUACUCCCCUGUCGGCAUCUUCCGAUGCUCGGAGGAUGGCUAUGUGCACUACGCGAACCAGAUGUGGCAUGAGAUAUCGGGCUACCCUCAGUCGUCACAGCCUAUCACCAACUGGGGCGACUACGUGCAGGAGGAUCACCAAGAACGCGUCUCGCAUAUCUGGCAGCAGUAUAUCAGCAAGCAGGCGAUCCACGAGAGGGCUGAGUGGCCGUGGAGGAACGGCCGGUGGGUCGAUACAACAGUCAUCCGCGUGAACCGCGACGGUUCUCCCGCCAGCAUCAUCGGGUGCACGGUUGACAUUACGGAGAGAAAACUUAACGAGCGCAUGCACCGCGAGCAAGUGCUCGAGGCGGAGCAGCGGCGUGCGGCUGCCGAGGAUGCGAGACGGCAGCAGGAACUUCUGAUCGACAUUACCUCACACGAGAUCCGCAACCCGAUCAGCAGCCUGAUGCAGUGUGCGUCACUCGUCAAGUCUAACCUCCUCGCGUUGCAGGAGUACAUGAGGAACGCAUUCGAGGAGGAUCGAGAGAUCAGGCCGACCGACCAGCUCCUCGCCACGAUGGGCGAGGAUAUCGAGGCCCUCGACAGCAUCUAUCAGUGUGGUCUCACACAAGAGAGAAUCUCCAAUGACGUGCUCUCACUCGGCAAGAUCCAGCUAGACAUGCUGCAAAUGUUCGACACUGAGACCGACAUCCGCAAGGAGGCACAGAAACUCGUAUUCGUGUUCCAGAACGAGGCGCGCAUGAAGCGCCUCAACCUGAGCCUGAAUAUCGGCCCGGGUUUCCGGCGCCUGGGGGUGGAGCGCAUCCUGACAGACCCGGUUCGCCUAGGACAAGUGGUUACGAACCUCCUCUCGAACGCCAUCCGGUUCACCUCCAACAGUCCAGUUCGGCGGGUCGAGUUGCGGCUUGAUCUGAGCAUCGACCCUCCCCCGAAAGGGUGCGCAAUGCCACAACCUUCCAAGGAGGUGGAAGUGGACGAGGACACACCAUUGUAUCUCUACGUCUCGGUCGCGGACACGGGGCCCGGCCUCACACCAGCAGAGCUCCAGGUCCUCUUCCAGCCUUUCAGCCAGGCAUCGCCGCAGACGCACACUGUGUACGGCGGCUCUGGCCUGGGGUUGUUCGUCUGCCGCCAACUGACGGAGCGGAUGGGUGGACAUAUCGACGUGGUGAGCGAGCAUGGGCAUGGUUCCGAAUUCCGCUUCUACGUCCGCACGCGCGCAUGUCUAUCUCCCAAGACCCCGCCAACAGAGAGUCCGAGGAGCGACAACGCGGCCAGAGACGUCGCAGGCCCAUUCAAGCCCCACAUUCUUGUGGUCGAGGACAACAUCAUUAACCGCACGGUGCUCAUGCGCCAGCUCCAGCAUGUCGGUCUGACCGUCGAGAGUGCGAGUAAUGGUCUCGAGGCGCUGGAGCGGCUGCGCGUAAGUCAGCGCCCACGGAAGCGUGCCAAUGGUUCGACGUCUGCCAACUCUUCUAGGACGCACACUCCUACAGGCGUCGCAACGUCGCCAGGUGGCAAGGACAUGCGUCGCAACGUCUCCUCCAUUUCUGAAGAUGCCAAAGACGUCGGCGGGCCGAAACGCUUCGACUGCGUCCUCAUGGACCUCGAGAUGCCCGUCAUGGACGGAUACACCUCCGUGCGCCUCCUCCGCGCUGACGAAUCGAAGGGACUCCUAGUUCCAACGAAUGUCGUCGCGCUUACGGGCAACGCGCGGCAGGCGCAGGUGCCCGAGGCAAUGGCGGACUUUACGGACGUCGUGGUCAAGCCGUAUCGCCUCGACGACCUUCUGCGGACGAUCGACGACUCGAUCAGGAGGUACGUCAGCGAUGUGCCGCGAAGUUCGAGUGAGAGUGUACGGUCGGGGCUGGGCAUGGAUCCAGGUGCCCCGGUUCUUCAGGCUCAGACUGAGCCUUCCGAUAUCUAG